AUGGCACAUUCAACAGCCACUAUUGAUAUGGGAGAUCCUUUAAGACCUUAUAUUCCACCUAACGAAACACCCGAAGAAAAAAAAAAACGCAUUCAACAUGAAAAAUUGGCGAAGAAACAUAGCGAGGCUAUUGAUAGACAAUUAAAAGCAGAAAAAGAAGAAAGGGAUAAACAAAAAGAUGCUAAAUUAUUAUUAUUAGUUCUCAAACAAUUAAAAAUUAUUCAUGGCAAAGGUCUUGAAGCCGAACGUCAACAAUAUCGAAGAAUCGUAUACAUCAAUAUCCUUACCGCAAUGAAAGCACUUACCAAUGCCGUCACCAGUUUAGGAUAUAAAUUAGAGAUUGAAAAGAAUCAACAACAUUUAGAAAAAUUUCAAAAAUUAACUUCAAUAAAGGAUUCAUUAAAUUGUAAUUCGUUCACCAUCCAAGCGGCUAUGAAAGAUCAAAAAUUAGAUGAUGAUGCGUUGGAUUUAUACCGUGAACAUGUGGAUUCUAUUAAAGCUUUGUGGAAAGAUCCGGCAAUUAAAAAAUGUUUUAAUUCUGCUAAUAAUAUUGAUCGAAUUAGUAAAAGUGAUUAUUUACCAACUGAUGAAGAUAUUCUUCAAGCAAGAGUAAGAACUGUUGGUGUAGCUGAACAUAAAUUUGAAAUUAAUCGCACCAUAUACAGUCCAUAUUUUGAUGAUGUGGAUGCAAUAAUUUUUAUGGCAGCAGUUUCAGCAUUUGAUCAAACAUUAGAAGAAGAUAUUGAUGUUAAUCGUAUGACUGAUUCUAUUCAAUUGUUUGAUACUAUAUGCAAUAAUCCACUGAUGAUCAAUACCAGCGUUAUCUUAUUUUUAAAUAAGAUUGAUAUUCUUCAAAAUAAAUUGACUUAUAUUGAAGAUACAAAACAAAUGCGAGUAAUCGUAGCUUCAGUAAAUGAUAUUGUUCAAAGAGAAAAUCUUAGGGAAUCUGAUUACUCUGAUCCAAUAAAUCCCAAUAACCAUCGUUUUUCAUCUUGCCCAACUGUCAAAACGAAUCAAGAUUCAAAUAAUUUAAUAAAUUCGAUAGUUGGUGAUAAUGCAUUUCAAUUGAAUUUUACUUGUGGUAUUACAGAUAAAAAAUUAUGUGAUAAAGCGGAAUUGGCAUUUGAAGAAGCGGGAAAAGUUAUUUCUAAAGCAUUCAUUUUUAAUACGCCUAUUAUUAUCAACGCAUUAUUUGAUGAUUUGAAUGAUCGGAGAUUACUUGGUUCAGCAGGUCCUGCCAGAUUAAUUCCUUUAGUAUCAGAUGAUAAAAUUACUAGAUUAUAUCCUCAAGCAUUAGUUAAACAAUUUAACUUUACUAAUCAUCCUGAAUUUAAUGAUGAUGAUAUUAUUGCAAUGUUUAAUGCUGGAGCAAAUUUCUGGUUUGAAAAUGAUGGACCAAUCAAACCUAAUCAAGCAAAUUUUCAUACAGUAAUUCUUCAUGAAUUAUUUCAUGGAUUAGGAUUUACUUCAAGUUAUCGGGAUCACGUAAAUAAUGCAUUGGAUAUGAAAUCUGAUGCUCUUUCACCAAUUCCGGUAUUAACCUUUGAAACGGAGGAACCAACUUUAUUGGAUCCCGUAUUAUUUGAAGGAUUUGCUGAAUCCAUUUUUGAUAGAUUUGUUAUGGUCUUACCUGAUACCAGUGAUCCAACCGGAACUCCCCCAACCUCUUUCACCAAUUUUACCAAUCAAUUAAAUAAUUUUGGACCACCAAAUACAAAUUUUAGUACUGCCAAUGAUUUCUUUAAUGAACUUAUGGCUUCACCGGAAUGGACAAAUGUAGCAAAAUAUUUAUUUAAGAAAGCGACAUUAGAGAAAAGUAUGAUGUUCGUACCAAGAGAUGUUGAUAUUGUUGAUGGAACAUUCUUAGAAACUAGUUUAAACCCUUAUGCUCCUGGAUCAAGUAUUAGUCACGUUAGUGAGGCAGUAUAUUCCGAUACUUCCGAUUUUUUAAUGAGAUUCGCUUUAGAACCUGGUUUAACUAUUGAUGAUUUAAUUAUAAGUGGUGGGAAUUUUUCUGGUGGAGCAGUUGGUCCGAGAUUAAUAUCUAUUAUGAAUUCACUUGGUUAUGCAACUGCCGAUAAUCCUAAUCCAAUCAUACCCGACGAACCACUCGAUGAUGAAGAAGUUCCAAUCGUACAAACAUCAACACCAUCAUCAGUUCCUACUCCUACUACUGUCAAUGAGUCUACUUCUUACUCUGCCCCAACCAACUUUGAACAUCCUGGUGUAUCAUCAUCUUCAUCCCUAAAAACUAAUAAAAUUUGUUUGAUCUAG